AUGCCCGGAAUGAUAUAAAUAAUCAGGUAAUUCAUCGACUUCCUUGCAUUUUUCUUUUACAAGCCACUGUGAACGGUUCAGAAAUAACGAAAGUGGAAAAAGAGGACAAUUUUGAAGAUGGGAAAAUUAAUAUGUAUGUUUUUACUUUUAAUCGUUUCAAAGAAUCUCGUAUUGGGUCGUUCUACGAUAUUUCGAGACAAUUUUAUAUCGGGUCUAAGAUACGUAAGGUCGGCCGAAAAUGAAUAUCCGGAAAUUAAAACGAACAACGAAAAUACACAGAACGACAACCCUGAUAUAAGUAUCAAUACAUCGAAUGAUAGCAACUCAAAAAAAUUGGAGUAUAAUAAUGAAAAUUCCAAGGAAGGUCAUGGUCAUUUAAGACACAUAUUUGGAGGCCAUACAAAAUCUGAUAAUUCAAAAGAUUCACAAAAUGAUGAUUACGAUGAAGAGAGUAAAAAAUCACAUGGCUCAAAAGACGGAGCAGGUAAUAACUCCAAUAUAAACAAUGGAAGUGGAAGUAGUUCUAUAAACACUGGAAAGACUGGAAAUAGCAAACAACAAAGUACAGAAGACAACGAAAAUAGUUCAGAAACCAGCAAUGACUCUAAACAAAAAGAUAGUUCAGGAAAAAAUAAUAAUUCUAAAGAAAAAGGCAGUUCAGGAAAUAGCAAUGACUCUAAAGAUGGCAACAGUUCAGAAGACAGCAAUCAAUCUAAAGACAAUGACAGUUCAGAAACCAGCAAUGAUUCUAAACAUAAAAAUAGUUCAGGAAAAAAUAAUAAUUCUAAAGAAAAAGGCAGUUCAGGAAAUAGCAAUGACUCUAAAGAUGGCAACAGUUCAGAAGACAGCAAUCAAUCUAAAGACAAUGACAGUUCAGAAACCAGCAAUGAUUCUAAACAUAAAAAUAGUUCAGGAAAAAAUAAUAAUUCUAAAGAAAAAGGCAGUUCAAAAAACAGCAAUGAUUCUAAAGAUGGCAACAGUUCAGAAGACAGCAAUCAAUCUAAAGACAAUGACAGUUCAGAAACCAGCAAUGACUCUAAACAUAAAAAUAGUUCAGGAAAGAACAAGAAUUCUAAAGAAAAAGGCAGUUCAAAAAACAGCAAUGAUUCUAAAGAUGGCAACAGUUCAGAAGACAGCAAUCAAUCUAAAGACAAUGACAGUUCAGAAACCAGCAAUGACUCUAAACAUAAAAAUAGUUCAGGAAAGAACAAGAAUUCUAAAGAAAAAGACAAUUCAGGAAAGGGGAAUAAUUCUGAAAAUAAUUCUAAUGAUGAUAGUUCAGAAGAUAAUUCAAAUUCCAAAAACGACAAUAACGAUAAAAAACACAAAAGAAGUGAAGAUAAUAAUAAUACAGGAUCAUCUGAUAAUUCUAGCAAUAAUAAUAAUAAUAAUAAUGAUAACACUGGGACUAGCUUAACAGGAACAGGAGAAAACAGUUCAAUGUCUGGAGGGAAUAUCUUGUCUAACUUAGUAGAAUUUGUAUAUAAUCUAUUGGCUUCCAUACUGAAUCCCAUAAUAAACUUGGUCACAUCACUUAUCAGAGGCAUAAUAAACUUGGUCACAUCACUUAUCGGAGGCAUAGUAAACUUGGUCAUAUCACUUGUCGGAGGCAUAGUUAAACUUAUAACAUCUAUACCAUCUGUAUUAGGAAACCUACUUCAAGGAAUUGUUAAUCUUCUAUAUAACAUAUUAUCUAAUCCCACAAACAUAGUAGGAUACUUGGUAGAUGCUAUAAUCAAUCUCCUCGAAAGUAUAUUUAAUCUUAUUGAAUCGUUACUAAGCAAUAUUUUAGAAGCAGUUGUAAAAUUCUUAGAUUCAAUCUUACCCAAAAGUUUAACAUCAUUGCUUGGCAUUUAAGGUUUUGUUUCCAAUUAAUAAUCGACUAUGUCUUAUAUCCAUUAUAUGUAAAACAAUAAAAACAUUAAUCAAAAUUAUACAAUGAAAUAUAAUGAAUGAAUAAAUA